ACCAGCAUUUUUAAAAAGCGCCGUUAUUUUGCCACAAAAAUAAAGUCUAUGAACCAGCUUGAACUAUUACGAUGAACCUAAUUAUUUACUGACAUUAAAUAGUCUCAGCACUUGAUCACCACGACUCCAAAUCGUUACAGUCAGCUGUUGCUUGUUUGUUUAUCUGUUUUCGAAAAUUCUGCGUUCGGAAUCUUCAGAUGGCUGUGGAUGUUGUGUAUGCGAUUAUCUAGUUACUGUUUUGUUCCUAUGGAUAUGUACCUUUGCUAUGCCUCUUCAUGUAGAUCCACGUAAACACGAACUUCUGGAAGCUAGAAUUCAGGGAACCAACCAUAUAAGGUCAACCAAUAAUGUGCCUCGCUCCACAAAGUCUAAUUCGUAUGCUUCUGGAUAUAUGUUUCCAAUAACAGAAGAACCUUCCGGCACUCCAGAACACUCAGUUUUACGUGGUUCUUCCAGUCCAUUCAGUUCAGUCGGUGAACAUGACCUAAGUACUAGUAGCAGUGAGAUUAAGCCGGUUUCCACAGUAGUUCCUUCGAUAUCAGUUGAAAUCAAUGAAAGAAUUCCGAGUGCAACAGAUCCAGGCAAAAGGUUGCAUAACCCGAAUUGCCAUAACAUUCAUCGACUGGAGGUCACUAGUCCGGGUCUUAAUGUUCAAGAUUCUCAGAUCUACGUUCAGACGCAAGAAGAUUAUGUGACUUCACCUACGACUCCAAAAAAAAAGAGAAUCCCUUCAAGUUCUGUAGGAGAGUCUGACAACACAUCAAAUGACGGUCUUAUUACUUCCCUCGUAAAAUCGGACGAUAAGUUGAUAGAAGCUUUGACUCCUGGUAUCCCAGCAAAUCCUCUUGGUUCGCCCCAAGGUCUGCAGUAUGUUUCAAGGUCGAACUCUAUUCACACCCCAACCACUGUUGCGGGCAACAGUCCUGUGAAACAACCCUAUACAUUUGUAGAGGAAAAAAAUGCUCCGUAUCCCACAUUCCAAAUUUCCGUCCAACCAUCUGCAGCAUUUAUCGAAACAAACAAUCCUACAUACCACUUAUCUCCUUCGAUAGGACCACAUACUCCAACUCCUGGUGGACAAGGUGAUUCGUUGCCAUCCCGAAAUGGCACAAAGAAACGGCGAAAAUUAGUGAGUUCUGAUGAAGGUCAUACACCGAAACCUAAAAAAAUGGUUUGCCAAGAACGUGGUUCAAAGCGUAUCGAUGAAAUCUUUAAAUUCAUGCCUGGGCCAUUAUAUUCAUCCUGUGGUUCAACCAGUCCGACACAAAAUCCUCGUCUACAGAGUCCUUCCCCUACAGGUGCCCAUUCUCUUGAUAAUCAAAUGGUUGGAGUAAACCAUAAUUACAUCCCGUCGCUGAAUGAAGCUGUGACUACGAGCUGCGCAAGCAACGAUCAAAUGAUUAUUACGUCAGUAACAGGAAUUCAGUAUGCAAAUAAUGCAGCUACUUUCCAGUUGUCACCUGUCCGUGCCAGCAGUACAGCAAGUUUAAGUGAUAGCUCCGGUGACAAUCCUGUAUCGAUGGUUGGGUUAAGUAUGGUUGCGAAUGUAAACGCGAAUCCAACUUCUUGUACAAUACCCUGCAAUGCUAAUCCAUUGCCUACUUAUUCUAACCUUCAGCUACCUGCUAAUCUUAAUUCAUCAUAUCCUCAAGUUGGACAACCUAGUGUUGGUUAUCUAAGCUCUGGAUCCUGUCCUAAUAAUCCCAUGACAUCAAAUGUUCCAGCCGUUUCUGGGUCACCCACAAACAACUUCAGAUCUCAUGUCGGGGUGCAAACAGAUGAAACUGUCACUCCACCGCCAACUGCCGAAUGUGUGGAAGGUUCACAAUGCACAAACAUCACAACUUUGCAUAAUAAUCCUCCCUUAGUUACAACCGGUGGACCUGCUUCAUCUGUUCCACUAACUUCAGUUGAGAGUCUUCAGCGUCGAAUAGCUGAUUUAGAACACGAAACUGUUGUUCAACGAGAGACCAUUACAAAAUUACAAGAUAAUGCCAUUCGUUCCCGCGAAAUGAUACGCGAAUUGCUGAUUGAAAAAAGUUUACUCGAAAGAAAGACUACACGUCAAAAAGUUAUGGAAAACCGUUUACGGUUAGGUCAAUUUAUCACCCAAAGACAGGGUGCUCAUUUUGAAGAGAAAUGGAUCGAAGGUUCGAGAUUUAAGGAAUUAGAUCAGCGCCGUAAGAAUAUUGAACUUGUUCGUGAAGAGAUUGAACGUAAAAAGAAACAAUGGAACAAGCGUAAACCAAAUGUUGGGGAUGCUAAAAAGAGUACUAAAUCUAAAUACGAUGAAGUCUCCGUGGAUGAAUUUUAUGAACAAUUAGAAAUUUAUGAUUUACGUAAACAGAUGCUUGUUAAAGAAGAUAAAGAAAUUCAAAUGGAAUUAGAGCGAUUAGAUCGAGAAAGAAAUUUGCAUAUUCGAGAAAUUAAACGAAUUUCUAAUGAAGAUGCAUCUCGUUUUAAAGAUCAUCCAUUACUGAAUGAACGAUAUCUUUUGCUUAAUUUACUGGGCAAAGGUGGAUUCUCGGAAGUUCACAAGGGUUUUGAUCUCGUAGCUAAUCGAUAUGUUGCUUGUAAAAUUCAUCAGCUUAAUCCUUCUUGGCCUAAAGAUAAAAAAGAUAACUACAUUAAACAUGCGUUAAGAGAGAUUGAGAUUCACAAAACGUUACACCAUCCGAGGAUAGUAAAAGUAUUCGAUGUGUUUGAUAUCGAUCAUGAUGCAUUUUGUACUGUACUUGAAUACAGCGAAGGUAAUGACUUGGAUUUCUUUCUUAAACAAAACAAAAGUAUUCCGGAACGUGAAGCCAAGUCGAUUAUAUGCCAAGUGGUUUCUGCUUUGAAAUAUUUAAAUGAACGUAAACCUCCAGUAAUUCAUUAUGACUUGAAACCAGGUAAUAUUUUACUGGGUUCCGGCCAAGUUGCUGGUGAAAUCAAAAUCACGGAUUUUGGUUUAAGUAAACUUAUGACAGAAGAUAAAUACAAUCCAGAGACUGGAAUGGAUUUAACCUCCCAAGGAGCAGGCACUUAUUGGUACUUACCACCGGAAUGUUUUGAGACAGGGCGGGAACCUCCAAAAAUAUCUUCAAAAGUGGAUAUAUGGUCUGUUGGUGUAAUUUUCUUUCAGUGUUUGUUUGGAAAAAAACCAUUCGGUCAUAAUAUGUCCCAAGCUGAUAUUUUGCACGAAAAUACAAUUCUCCAUGCACGAUCCAUUGUAUUCCCUUCCACUACAAAAGUUAGCGACGGCGCAAAAGAAUUUAUUCGAAAGUGUUGUACGUAUAGAAAAGAUCUCCGACCGGAUGUCUUUCAACUUAGCAACGAUGAUUAUCUUAAGCCUAAAGCUCAACUCAAACAUUAUCUCGAUACAUCUACACUCCCUGGUCCUGUCGGUGUCCCACUAAAUAUUGCUACUCCCCCGCCUUCAACUUGUAUUGAUCCCUCUAUCCCCACUCCUGGUAGCAACCAGUGUAUAAUAUCUGGAUUUCCAACAAACAAUCCUGGAAAUUGCGCUGCCCAACCUCACCCACAACAUAUCCUUCAACAUCAACAGCAGGCCACAUCUUUCUCCGUGCUACAGAAUCAGGAAGCUACUCCAUCAUCACAACCUUCAACCUUGCCACCACCAAAUCAGACAGAUUUUAUAACAAGACGUUGUAUUAGUUAAGCAAUAACUGAACAUUAUAAAGCGAAUAUUACACUUCAUCUUUGUUUAACUAAUACAACGUCUUACCAUAAAAGUUUUCUGAUUUGUGAGAAUAUCGCGUCAUUUCAUCGCAAUAUUAGCGAUCAGCGAUGCUGCUCCUUGUAAUAGUUUAGACUAUGAUCAUUGCUCUCUGUCCCUGCGUGUGUAUUAUCAAUUUCUUUUCAAUGUUGAAGCGUAAUAGUCUUUCAUAUUCCCAAUAAGAAAGAUUAUCCUGGAAAUCUUAGUAGAAUAAACCGCUUUUGUCUCUAACCUAUGCGUGAUGUUUCAAUAGUAUUUGAAAUGAAGUUUCAUAAUAAUAUCUGUGUUAGAUACCAUAUGUUUGAUUAUAACAAGUAAUUACAAGCACAAGAUCUGCAAUAUCUCUACAACUUCCCGUAUUAUAUUCAUUCAACUUGUAAAUAAAAAAAUUUGUAUUAAAAAGUCUUAAACACUAACUAGCUGUUAUUUAUCUUCAUUCACAAGUGCUUUCAAGCAAUUUGGCGUUUUUGACAUUUUUUCUCAUCUUAUGUUAUACUUGAUGUAUGAAUCCGAUUGUAGUCGUUUAUUCAAAGGACAAAAGGUACAGAAUAUGUCAAUCGCUGUGAUGGUGUUGGUGAAUCUUUCUUUAUUAUGCAAUAGUUAGCUCUGUUAUAGGUUUCAAGCUCUUUAUAGAAAUGAUUGAGUACAUGUACGAACUUAACGUACGUAAUAAUUGGGUUUAAAUAGUUUUGAAAGAUGAAGAUUUGUUACAGUAUUUACACAGUUAUAAAGCAGUUGCUUUAGAAGUUUCUUCUAAUUUUUUUAUGUAUGGCGAAUGAACGGAAGGCGUACGUCGAUUUCAGUGUAUACUUUUCCGUUUCGAUAAUUCCCAUUCUUUUUUUUACUGUAUUGACCGAUACAAAUUUAAGUUACAUUGACAUCAAAUGAUCGUGUUUUGCAAUAUGAUCACAUUGAAGUACAUUGUACCAAAAAGUUAACUGACUAAUUCCAAAACCACCAAAUGUGUGGGGAAAAUGUAGAGAACUGAUAACCUAAUUCGUUGCAUUUCGAUCAAAUGAAUGUUAAUGUAAAAAUGUUGGCGUUGGUGACUAAUAACCUUUGUUCUGCGCUACAGGAAUAUUAGUAAAGUUCCGGUUCCAAUAAUUACCCCUUUUAACUUAUAAAGAAACCAUAACCUUUUACUAGGGUAUUUUGUAAGCUGUUAGAAACAGUGGCUUAAUGAUUAAAGCCUUCUUUCAACCUAUAAUUCGCUGGUUCGGACUCUUCUCCACUUAUGUCAAUUUGGACAGUUGGAUAUUUGUUGACAACCCUCACAUUUAAAGUAAGGCUUAAAUCUGAGUACACAAUCUUAUAUAUGAGUUUCAUCCCGACUAAUUACGCGGAGGAAUUGGAAUUUAUUCUCGAAUGGAAUCUGACACAGUUAAUCGUACCAAUCGGUUUGUCUAAAAGAAUGAAGAUUUGACUCGUAUAGUUGAUACCAGUACAGAAUUACUCGUACAUUUAUUUGUAGUUUUAUCAGGAUCUCAGUCGGCUAUGUUUCAAUAUUUUAAACCUUUCACACGACCAAUUUUCAAUAAAUUGUUGAAUAAACUUGUUGAAAACAAUCUGUUAUUUUCAGAAAGUUAAUUGAUCCUUUUUCUAAACCAAUAAAGUGGACUAAUAGCAUAAGUAAAAGGGAAUCCAAAGCUGAUUAAUUCUUAAGGGAUAUAUUUGUAUUCACAUCCGAAUACCAGGUUCUCUGGUGUUUAUGACUGAUAAAUAGUCAAAGUCAUACUGUUUACACAAAUCCGAAUUCGUUCCAGAAAGUUUGUAACUGCUCAUUAUUCUGAUUUGGCUGCCCAUUCACUUUCAGAUCAUAUAGGUUUUUCCUGGUUCUUUAAUUAUCCUAAAGUUAUUACUUUGAAAAAAGAUCAUUUAUUACGAUGGAAACUGAUGUAAAGAAUCUUGUCGCAAAUGUAUGAUACAGCAGAUUCUGAUAAUGAACUUUGAAGUAUAAAAUGCUUCUCUCAAGACUCAAGAAAUUCUUACACCACUAAAAAGAUAUAUUCAAAUCUUGGACAAAAAUGUCCCAUACUAUCAUGAUUCUCAAUGGUACUAGUUUUAGAAUAAUCAAGAUAGCUAAAUCUGCUUAACUGAACAAUUCGGGGUAAUUCUUCAUGCUAUGAAUAUGGAGAACUAGUCGAUCUGAUCGAUAUCGUGAUUCUAUCUAACCUUAAACUGGAGUCAAUUAUAAUCUCAAUGAAAUCGGAACAUAAAUUCAUUUGUAAAUAAAUAUGAAUUACAAUCUGUUGGGAUAUUCAGGAAAAUAUCCCAAAAAUUAUCCUGUUAAGCCUAAUGCUAUCCUUGGACAUGAAAUGGUAUCAUCUUAUUGGUCAAUAUUUAUUUAACGUGUCAUUUUCCUACUGGCCAUUAUUGUACAAUGUUAUUUUCUAUUUUAUGGUACGUUGUGGUCUGCUUGACUGGUAUAUAAACGAAGUAUGUUUGAAAUAUAAUGAUUCAUAUAUCCGAGGCUGAGACUUGUGUUCUGGACUCGACUGGCUGGGCUAGAAAGGGAAGCGGGACCAAUCAGAACCCUAGGCCGUUCUACGUGUUUGUGCGUCUU